CACCCAGAUWGYGCUKGAAGACGAGAGACRCCCUAGUCGUUCAUAGUAUUGUUUUGAGAGGAAGUGGAGUCGAACAGAGUCAAAGUCUUCUUUCGUACGGUAGACGAAGAGCCAGAGCCAAACAGUGGCAGUGGCAGUUGCAGUUGCAGUUGCAGUUGUAAAAGAAUCUGCACUGCACGAAGAGAAAGAGUGCGUGCGUGUGUCACUAAGUCGUCAUGGCGGGUCCUAUCCAAGCAACCCAAUCCCUCGGUGCACAAACGUCGAUUGGAUCGAAUCUAGACUUGCAGAUCAUCGAUGAAACGUACGGAAAGAACGCCGAUCUCUACCAAGACGUCCUCGGGGUGCCCACCACGGCAACCCAGGACGAAAUCCAGGUGGCCUACUUUGACCGGCGGAGCGAGCUGUUUACGAUGCUGGCAAAGAUCGACGCCGCGGCCAGGGGACCAAAAUCGGGSACCACUGCAUCCCUGGCCACCAUCGACAAGCGUCGGUACAAGGCCGARCGAAAGAUGGAGUCCGUCGUCUUUGUGGUGCGGAUCCUUACGGACCCGGCGCUGCGGAUAGCCUACGACAAGAUCCGUGGAGAGCGCCUGGGCCUGUCCGCCAGCGGCGGAAGCGCGCCGGUGACCCGGUACAGCGGCUCCAGGUCCGGAUCUUCCACCCGAAGUAGCAACCACSGAAGCAAGAAGAACCAAUACAGUCCCGAAGUCAAUGACUUUCGCGCUUCGAACCCGAGGGUGGUGACGCCAUCGAUGACGGACGCGUCGUCCGGGUCAGAAUCCAAGAACUGGAUGCAAUCUACRUUUUCGUCUCAGCUCUUCUCCAACAUCGGUGGAGGCAAGGGAGGAGACGAAGAUGUGCGCGGGGACGAACAACGAAACCCGCGGAAAUCAAAGCGCCGGCAAAAGCAGCAGCAGCCACCCUCGUCUCCCGUCCAGGAGCGUGACUCGGAGCCCGUUCGAGAGACACGGGUAGAACGAGCCGCGGAGUCAGAAAAGAAGUCCAUCUGGGGGCGGAAAAAGAAGAAGAAGAAGGUCCUUCGCAAGGAUUCCAAMGAAAUCCCUCCGGUGGAGAUCACCGACUCGAGCGCGACCGAAGAAAGCAAAGCCGAGAACGAGGAGAUUGUCACGCGAAAGGCGAGCAGGAGCACGAGAAAGAUUGUGGAAACGAACAAUGCAAGACCCACCCAGAUCACGAAGACUCCCAGCCCCCAAAACAACACCGGCAGCGAAGGUGCAACACCCCGGGAGGGYCUGAAGGGAGGGGCGGAACGAAACCGCAGCAACCGCCGGGGAGAYUUUGCCGAAGACGAGACCGUCACCGUCUACGACGACGAUACUACCCGGCGGGACGACGACACCCGGACCUAUCUCGGAGACGACGGGGAGACCUUUGCCACCGGCAGCGUCUUUUCGAGCGACACCGUUCAGGACAAGGCCACGUGUUCGAUCUCGAAAACCAUUCGAAACAUUACGGACGAGCUUUCGGGUGCCUGCGAAGACACCCUCGUGAGCGUGGACCAGGUCUUUCACGCCUUUACCCUGACCGAAAAGGACAUCAAGGCCGUGACGAAAAAGAUCACCAAGGCAAAGCGACAACUGGAGAGCUAAASCGAAAACCCGGUGCGGAUCGAAAGCAGGUCGAGAAAAGGAAAUUGAUGCCUUUGAUGCUGUCCGCGCGGCUUUUGAAACAAUCAUAUAUUACCAUCAGUCUCACUACUACAUGAUUAAUAGUGUUCUGUUUCGCAACAGGGUGCCCCUGUCCUUUUUGUGUACACGACGGCACGGCACCGAAAAAGUAAAGUAAACAGAUCUUUUACGU